AUGAAGAGAUUUUAUCCUCCGGUAUCUUUCAAGUUGCCACAAUCAACUUCAUCCUCUCUAAUUGUUACUCCCGUGGAAGAAAAUUUGAACCAAUUAGUAGAACAACCUCAAUCCUCUAAAAAACAAAGACAAAGAAUAGAUCUCGAUUCUUUAAAGACUGAUCCAAAGGAGAGAUUACCCAUUAGAGACUUUCAUCCAAAUGAGCGUGAUGAGAUUAGAAGAGAAUACCUCCGAAGAGGUCCUUGCCAACCCCGAUAUCAUAAGUUUCCUCAAAGAGAUUUUUCGGGCUUAAAGUGCCGUUUCAAUCCUAAAUGGUUUAAAGGAUAUCAUAAUUGGUUGGAGUAUAGUGUGAUUGAAGAUGCAGCUUACUGUUUGUAUUGUUACUUAUUUCAAGAUGAAGGCAUUCAUCAAGGUGGAGGUGAUGUAUUUUCAAGUUUAGGAUUUAAGAGCUGGCACAAAAAGAACAGAUUAGAUAUGCAUGGGUCGAGCAGUAUUCAUAAUCAGGCAAAAAGGAAAUGUGAAGAUCUAUUAAAACAAAAACAGUCAAUUCAAACUUCAUUUGAUAGGCAAUCCACUCAAACCAAGCUCGAAUACAAAAUUCGCUUGAAGGCUUCAAUUGAGGUGGUGAGACUCCUAUUGAAUCAAGGAUUGGCAUUCCGUGGACAUCGUGAAGAUGAAUCAUCAUUAAACAAGGGUAACUUUCUUGAGAUUCUUUCAUGGUAUGCAGAGAGCUGCGAUAAAAUUCGUGAUCUUGUGUUGAAAAAGGCUCCAAAGAAUGAUCAGUUGACUUCUCUUAAAAUUCAGAAAGACAUUAUCAUUGCAUGUAAAAUUGAAACAGUUAAAGCAAUUAUGAACGAUCUAAAUGGAGACUUUUUUGCAUUGCUAGUUGAUGAAUCAUGUGAUGUAUCACGCAAAGAGCAAUUAGCUAUUGUCAUGCAAUAUGUUAAUAGAUGCGGAUCUGUGGUGGAGUAUUUUAUUGGGAUUGUUCAUAUUUGUAAUACUACUGCUUUGUGUUUAAAGAAAGCAAUUAUUGAUUACCUUGCUCAAUAUUCUUUGAGUUUAUCUUAUGUGCGUGGACAAUGCUAUGAUGGAGCAAGCAACAUGCAAGGGGAUUUACGUGGCCUCAAAACUUUGAUUCAACAAGAAAGUAAAUCUGCUUAUUCCAUUCAUUGUUUUGCACACCAACUUCAAUUGACUCUUGUUGCGGUAUCCAAAAAAUGUCUUGAAGUGGGAGAACUUGUACUGUUGGUUUCUAAUGUAUUGAAUAUAGUGGGAGGUUCUUUUAAACGUAUGGAUGAUCUUCGAGAAUCUCAAGCAGAAAAAGUUUAA